AUGGUUGCUGAUUCAAGAAGGAGAAGAUUAUAUUUUGGCUGUCGCCGAUGGUCUGGAUCAUCCAAUGAAAAACAGAGUGCUUGCAAGCUAGGAAUAAGGACCAUUUUACACCGGAAGGAUGGGAUCUGUUGUCCUCGAUGCAGGAUCUGGCACAUGCUCAACUCAAGUUAAACUUGAGAAAUUCAGCAGUUUUAAUAAUAUGUUCUUCUCUCUAGCAUUAAACGUUCAUAGAACAAUCUGGACUUCAUAAAUUGUGGGACCUUAUUCAAUAAAUUUUCCUCAGUCCUUCGAUUCCUGGCAUGAGACAAUGUGGACGAUAGGAUAUAGAUUACCAUAAUAGAUUGGAAUAAGGAGUUCUUGAUGGUAAAACUGUUAGUCAGCUAUGUGGAAGCUGGAGGUCAUUCUUGAGUCCCUGUGUCAUGUGCAUGUAGAAAUACGAACUGUGCUGCCUUACCUCGGUCUGGUGGGUAUGACAUCAGCAAUGUUUCUUGGUUUCGUACGAGAAUGAGCUCUUGUUUCCAGAUCAUAAAUUAAGGAAAAUCAUAGCCUCCAAACUUUGAAAUAGUGAUAUGACACAGUUAGGCCAACGAUUGCCAGCUACUGGGGACUGAAAUUUUUUGGAAACUAGAUUAAAAUAUUGCAUGUAAAAUGAGCUGGUUUCACUGAAGUAAAAUCUUGUAUUUCUUUCGUUCAAGAGUGUUACAGGUCCAGGAGUACUCUCCCAUUCCCUGUAACAUAUGAAAGAAGACUCAAGCAAGUUGUUGCAGUCGUAUAAUGUGAACUUUGAAAUACUAUAUUAUGGUCUUAUUGUAGAACUUAUUUGAGAAUGGAAAUUCCGAAGCUAUAUGUUGUUUGAGUUCAUAAGACUCUUUCUUAACAUUUUCGAUUCAUAAAAAAUGUCAAUAGUUUUUUUUCUUCCUAUAAUUUAUGUAAGCUAAUGAAAAGUUAGGUGAAAAUAAGAAAUAACUGUUUAAAUGAAAGCAGAUAGUUCAUGUAUAUGUCGCAGUUUUUGAGGAACGUGAAUUUCUUAGUGUAUAAGUGAUGCUUCAUUUCACAUAAAAAGGCUUUCAUUUCAAAACUUUAUUUAAAUUUUAAAUAUUUAUAUUUCGUUUUGAAUUUCUCAGAGAAACUCUUAAUCAGCUUCUUUGGUUGUAGUCUUGUGGUAUUUUGUAACUCUGACCUUGUAUUUCAUUUUCCCAAAAUAAAUAUGCUGAGGUUGCUUUAUUUAAAUCUCAAACAUGGGAUAAAAAGACUGUAUUAUGUCGUGAAAGGCCUGGGACGUAAUAAUAUUCGUAAUAUCCUUUCAAUUUUUUUACUCAUAUCUUUUCUUUCUCUUUUCAUGCACUCACUGUCUUUAUCCUUUUGACAAUGUUCCAGCUACUUCUCUCUAUGUAUCGGAUAUUGCAGGUGCAGUUUCCACCAGUAGAAGAGCAGUAAGAAUUUUUUUAGACGUGGAAAACUCUCUUUCGACUAUUUAUGUAAUUUACUUCAUAUUCUGAUUAUCUUUUUUGCAGCUUAAAGGGGCAAAAAUACCAGAGGGUGAUUUUACAACACUCCCGAAUGGGCUGAAGUUAGUAACAACGCUUAAGGUUCCAUUAGUUUGCUCCAGUUAUUUCACUUGUGGUGCUUAUUUAUCUGUGAGUUCCAUGAAAUUUCUUCUUUUGGGAAGGAAAUGAGCACUGGGUUUGGGUUCAUAAUUAAUCACAUGACACAGAUGCUGUAGAUAUAAAGUCCAUGUGCAAAGGAUUCAUGCCAUAGUAAUCAAGACAACUUCUAAAGCAUCUAUUCUUAAAUGAAAAUCAAAACAAUCUGAUCAAAAUCUAUAAGGAAAACUUCUGUUUUUUUUUUUCAACCAUACUUUGACAUUAUCCAUAUUGCCACAUUUCUAAUAGGUUUCUAUCUUUCUGUAAAUGUUUACCGGAAUCCUGCUAGUUGAUAAUAGACAAAUAGAAGGUACUCCUACGUAGGUGUUAUUCAGUUACAAGAAGGUCAAGGUUCGUAUCUACAUCUUUGAUUUUGUGAAUACUUUCAUAUACAUUUCUCUUUCCACAGUUAAAUAUAGUCUGGUAUGAUGAACAUGUAUAGUGUAAUGUUUAAUUAUUAGUUAGCCAACAGUAGCUCAUUCACUUCUUGAAUGAAAAUGUUGGGACUUCUUUUCUUCGUUGAGAAGGAAUAUAAAAGUGAAAUACAAUCAUGAAGUAAAUGAAACUAAACAAUUGUUUUAUUUUUGGAAUAUUAAAUAUGGACCCUACAAAACGUAGGUUAUUAUCAGUACUCUCUACUAUUUACUAAAUAUGGAGAACCAAAUCCAGGAACUAACACUCGUUUAAAUACGUUAUCAUAUCUUACCCUUUCUGUUGUUAUCCUAUUGUCUGUAUAAAAAAAUCGGGAAAUGUAGAGUUCAUGGAGUGAAUUAUUUUGAAGCACUGACUUUUAGUUUAUUACUUGUUGAGUGUUAAAAGUUCAGAAAGUCUGGAUUACUGUGAUGAAUAAAUUAUCGUUUCAUUUACGUAUUUUCACAAUCUCUUUGUUCCCAUACAAAAUAUAUCGACUUCACCUGUACGAGUCUCAAACUUUUCACAUAUUCCGCUUAGUUUAUUUCAAAUUUUUUGGUCUAGUGGCUUCAAAAUUUCUUAUGUUUUGGUCUUUAUGUGUCCAAUAGGUAUUAUGAUUUGAAGGUUGGAAAUGGUGCCGAAGCUGUAAAAGGAUCACGAGUUGCAGUAUGGCAGCUAGAAUUAUCUGUUUUUGUAUAUUUAUCUUACGCUACAUUUUAAAUCAUGCAUCAGUUCCUUUUGCCCUGUAAAUUAUUAGGAUGACUAAUAUUAUCAUUCUAUAUUACGCUACAUUACUAGUAUGUCCGUUAGAACUAUCUGGUUUCUGUAUAUUUCUCUUAUGCUUUUCUCCUAAGCUGUAUAUCAACGCGUUUUGGAAAUAUUUCCAUGUCUAAUGCUAUGAUUAUGAGUAUGCCAGGCAUUACUGAUGUAUAUAAAGGGAUACUUUGAAACGAAAUAUUAGGAAUAUUGAUUUAGGUGUAUGAUGGGGUAAACGUUGAUCAAUAUGCAGGGCGUGUUUUUCUUCAGGUAUUCAAUUUCAGGCUUCUUUUAACAAUAUAUUUCUCCAUAAAUUGUGGUAAAAUAACCAGAGGUGACCAUCCAAAAUGAUCCAAGUAUUAGUCAAGCAUAAACAGAUGUUCCUAACAUGGACACGAAUGAUGAUUCUUGUAGCCUUUUUCCGUGGUAUGGGUCUUAUUCCUCCACUUACAGACUUUAUCUUAGAAGAUUUACGUCUUAUUGAUACACUGUAUUUCAUAAUAUUUUUUUAUACUUCAAAAUUUAUAUCGUACAUUUCUAGAACAAGACGUGGCUCAUGGAGCAAUUGUUGAAAUUAUGAAAAGUAAAGAGAGAGCACCAUUUCUAGUACAGUGCAUGUUAAAUGUUCCUAGUGUUUGUUGGUACACAAACAUGAUGUUAAUAUAUGUGGCUUAUGCUUGUUAUAUGCUUAGUAUAUCUGCUGUUUUAGAAUCGGGGAAACAUCCUUUCUGUGUCCUCGAAUGAUCAUAGAUGUGUUGUCGGAGUGCAUUUUUUGUAAAAUAAAGCAAUUCAUACGAUAUCAGGUAUGUGGUCUGUUACUGUAGUUCGCAAAUAAUGUGCGGAAGGAUAGUUUGUUGAAGAUUAAUAAACAGAUUUUUUAUUUUUAUUUUUAGAAUCUGACUUGAUUGACAUUUUUUUGUAAUUAUCAUACUUCUACUGGAUUCAAUUGUAAGUUGUACACGAGGGUAUCUAACCAGGUAUGAUAUAGGAUAUAACUUUUUGACUGAUAAAAAGAUCCAUAUUUAAAAGAUGAGAGUAACUCGAUUGAGAAAUAUGGGGUUAAUGUAUAGGAAGAUGUAUAAAUCAUUUAUCAGAUUCUUGUAUUACAGAUAGAGCGACAUAACUAUAUGGGAAAAUUCGUAAAAUUGCCUGACAUCUUUCGGUUGUGUGCAGGACAGACUGAUUGGUAGCUAUAUUGAGUUCUUAACAUAGGAAGAGAAGGAUUGAAAAGGACUUGAAUGAUGGUACGGUGUAGACAAGUGAAAUGAUGACAUGAUAGAGUAGAAUGGUGGGAGCUUCUACUCUUACUUCAUCUAAUCGGUAUAAAUUGGACAUUGACACGUAAAUUCCUUGGAUUCAAAUGGCCGUUCCGCUAUUGUCAGUGCAGUAGAGACACUCACCAUGCACAGUAUGCAUCAGGUUAGCAGGUGUGUUUAAUGAAUAUCCAAAAUGGGCUGAAAUUGACAACUUGAUGAUCGGUUAUUUACUCUCAUGACAAGAAAAAUAAAAUGUUUUUAUCCGCUAGAUCUCAACACGUCUUUCAGGCCUGUGUAAUUCAUGAAUCCGCAAUUACAUGCCUACUGCUUGAGCAUCACCCAACAUUCCAGACCACUUUGAAGAUCCAAUAGUUUCACAGUAUGUAGGGCAUCCUGCCAGUAAUAGGGGCCAUGCGGGCCAGGUAACAUCAUAAAUAGUAAUAUUGUUUCCAAUAGUCGAAAAUCCCCAGAACAGAGAGUGGCCAGUGUACAGACAAUCCAUGAGCUCUCCAAAGAAUUUACGAGCAUAAUACUUGGUUUCCCGUGUCAUUAAAAUAAAUUCAAAAUAAAUAUAAGGAUGGAUAUAUUCAAAUAAGUUAAGAAUAAAUGUCUUCUAAUUUUAGAAUGUAGUAAUUCAUUGGAAACGACUAAAUGUCUUCUAUUUUUCUGGCUAUUUCGGUCUCCCAUCAAGUGUUACAAAAGAUUAGAAUACCUUCAAUCUGGAAUUCUUCCUUCUACGGUUAUUUAUACGUCCAUCGAUAACUCUUUUUAUGCUGACUAAUCAGCAUUCCAAUGCUCAUGGGGAGAAUUGCUUGCCAUGCUGGCUGUUGACUAGAUUCAGAUUAUAGAUGGUGUAAAGGGCAUGUUCACCCGCGAACUUUUCCGAUUGAAACAUGAUAUUAUUUAAGUAAUUUGGAGUUUCAGUUUUAUUCUUCAUGGAUAUCAUUAUUUCAAUUACAAAUAAUGUAGGUACACUAUGUUGCGAAGUGGAAGGGUAUAACGUUCAUGACAAGCAGACAAGGUUUGGGAGUUGGUGGUGGAACGGUAAGCUCUGGUAUGAACCUAUAAAUUGGAGGAUCUUCUUCUCUCUUCAGAUAAUCAUGAUUUCUACGACUCAACUCAUGACAUCUACACGUUGAUCCGCCCCAUAUGUUAAUUAUUUUUAUUAACUGUGCAAAAGGAUACUCCUGAAUGAUUGCAGCGGUUACAUUUUGCAAAUAAGAUUAAUACAAUCAAUAUUUUUCUGUCCUAUGAUGAUCGUGAUAAUUCUUUGCAGCCGUAUGGAUUUGAUGUUGGUGAAUCGGAGAAAGGAAAUGUGCUAAAAGGAUUAGAUCUAGGGGUUCAAGGUAUGAGGGUUGGAGGUCAGGUAAGAAUAAAAUCCCAGAUAUUGUGUUCUUUCUUUACUUAAUUCUUGUUUAAAGUUUAUUCAUUUUCUAAAUCCUUCAUGUAAUUUCAGGAUUUCUGAAAUUGUACGCAGAUUCCUCUUAUUUUCUUCAUACACUAUAUAAUGUCAUCUUGUUACCAACUACCUAUUUAAGCUACUCUCUGUAAUUUUUUAUUUCUAAUUUCAGCUGAGAGUUUUGAGAAAUACACGGAUGGAAAUUCCCAAAUGCUAGACAGGAAAUCAACAAAGUCGCAAACAACAUGGGGGAGAAAGCUUGCCUUCUCGUUAUUCUCGUUGGAGGACCCAUUAGAUUAUGGAUCCAAUUGACCCAUUAUCUUCUUUAUGUGGCCAUGGAUCGUUAGAAGAUGGCCCCAUUAUUCUCGUAUUAAUUCUUAUAAUUUACUACCCUGUACUCACUCUAUAUAUCAAUAGAUGAGGAGGCAGGCUACAAUGUUGAGGUUUAUUCCAUUUUGAAAUGGUAUCAGAACCUGGAGUUUGAUUUUCAUAGGGUUUUUCAAGCUGCUACCUCUGCUUUCACCAUCGUCGCUGCCUCCCUCAACCUCUUUAACUUUUAAGGUGAUAAGGUAGUGACGACAGAUUUCAUCAUGAUAUAGCUGAUUGCAUUAAUUUGACUACAAUAUUCAAAGAGUAGACUCUCAUUUGAUGCCAGAUUUGAGGACAACGUUGGGUACUUUAUUGGUUAGGACUGCAAGUGCUCCACUGAGAUAGGAUGAUGGAAUCAAGUUUUAGAUGGGUUGUCAAAUUGGGUAUUCGUGGUAAUCAGCUCUUGACAAACCUCCCAAAACUCAGUUCUUUGGGCGAGUCACUGCAAGUGCUAGUGACUCACUUCGGCGCUCUUAAUUGCUAUUACAUUUCUUUCAUGGGGCAUGGGGUCAUGUUGUUGCACUAAAUCAACGACACUACAAACUCUUAAACUGUGACUGUCAAUACUACAGCGGUGGAGGACAGGAGGCUUUAACAACAUUUAGUAUGUUAAAUUAAAUUAAUAUUUAUUUUUAAAAUUUCUUUUUUGAAUGAUUGGUGUGUUUUAAUUAAUGUGAGUAUAUUUUAUUGUUCAUUAAAUUGAUAUUUUAUGAAUUUUUUUAUUCAUUAAAUAAUAACUAGCUUACAUCGCUCACAAAGGAACUAAUUUUACAUAUGAUUAAACUCAAAUGCUAUUUAUUCCUUUUCGAAUAUUUUUAGUUAUCUUACCAUUUUUUAAAUUACCUUAUGAGAUAUUUUUGAAAAACUGUUGCCUAGUUGCAUACCAUUGUCACCAAUGUGUAUUACCAUGUUCUGUGAUCACUUUGGUGGCCUUAAAGGCCUAAGAAGGGAUAAUGAUUGGUUUACUGAAAAACUCGUACAUGUAAACAUUGAAUUGGCUUUUGUUAUGGGCAUGUUUCUUUUAGUGUGAUACCUCAUGUGUGGUAUGCUGUCCUUGGGAUUAAGUAGGGCCUUGUAAAACCCUGUGGAUGUAAUGCCAUGGCGUGCUGUCAGCUCGUGUUUUGGUGUGAGAAAAUGUUAUCUGAUGUUGAGUAAUUGAUAUCAUUUAUUUGGUUUUAAUUAUAAAUGGGAUUUCCAGAACUAAAAAAAAACCAAAGGAAAGUGAUCCAAGUAACAUGCUUUCUAAUUGACUUUACAGAGAUUAUUGAUAGUCCCUCCUCAAUUGGCCUAUGGGAGCAAAGGGGUGCAAGAGAUCCCUCCUAAUGCAAUAAUCGAGGUGAAAAUACACUUUUACAUGAGUUCUCUUUCUUGUUCAGUUUGUGGAUGUUCAUAUUCAAUACUGAGUUAUAUUUGCAUCCAUUUAUAAACCUUCACCUCCUCUCCAUGUCUUUUCUUAUUUUUGACCUGUAAGCGCAAGUACCAUUGGAAUGGUUUGCAGCCAUUUAUAGUCGAGAUGUUAAAACUACAUGUUAAGUUCUUGUUACAUGUGAACAACUUUGAAGCUUCUUUAACCUUAAUUAUAUCCACAGUAUCUUUACUAUUUAUUAUUAUAAUAUCCACUAGACUCAUUUGAUUAUAUUUAGUCAUCAUAAUUUAAUUUGUAUUUUUUAAUUAUUUUUAUUUUUAUUCAUGGGUAUGCUUAUUUAAAUUCGACAAUUUAUUCAUUGUUACGUUAGUAAGCUUUAGUAUUCAAGAAUUUAUUUUUUAUGCUAAUUAUUUUGUCUUAAAUGUUCCCUUAAUUUUCUGCACUUUGGAUAUCCGUGCAUUUUCUUAAAAAUUAUCAAUAAUAUGUUCUUAAUUAUUGAAUAUUAUGUUCUUUUUCAAGGGAAAUUUUAUUUUAUCAAUAUUGAUAAAACUAUUAUUGGGUUUAUGUACUAGUCUCAGAAUAUUAAAUAACCUAUGUGCUUUCAACAAGUGAAGAUAAAUGAAAUCUUAUUUUACCAUGGAUUAUGAUAGUGGUUUGGUUGGGUUGAAACGUACUUCAGAAUCCAAUGUGAAUCUCCCCAUUUGGAUUAAGGCUAUUUCCCGGUUUUGACACGAAAUGAAAUUCUUUUUGAGUGUAUGUGAUGCAAUCAUUCAUAACUUUAUGUGUGGAGUCCACUUAAGGAUAGGAUGAAGCAUAGUUUGCGAAAUGGGAUGAAACAAGGGGAUGGGAUCGAAAUAUAAUAUUUUUAAAAUGGAGGUCAUUAGGAGUAUGGGAUGAAGCCCAUUGGAAAUAUUACCAUUUUAACAUCACCCAUUGGAGUUAAGCUUUAACCACUGAAUGCAAGGUUCAUUUAUGUCUGAUUGGGAUUGUUUGCCCGGGACCUCACCACUGGAAAUCUGGCACAGAGAUGGCCUUUUUGGUUCAUUUCAACUGGUAAACCAUUAAACAUGUGCUAAUAAGGUCUUAGUAUAAGCAUUUUCAUUGCAUAAGACUACAGUAUAGUACAUCUAUGAGCCAUUUGCAUUGAGAUAAACCCAAAAGCACCAAGAAGCCGACACAAUUUCUUCCUCGAUCCAUUUUAGAUUAUUUGACACUUGGCUCACAAAAUCUGAUCCAGCCUUUCUGUAUCGAGCUCAAAUCCAGGUCUUAGCCUACAUGACUGUUUUUUAAGCCUGUGCCGGAAAACGUUUGGUUUGCUCACCUGCAUUACAUAUUUGAGCUUUGACUACAGGGUUGAGAUUGCAUAUGAUUAUACUUGGAUACCUUGCUCAGAGUCUGUGCAAGGUCUAUUUGAGUUUCAGCUACGAGAGAUAGACUUAGAGUAAAUUUUUAUUGGGUUUCUAGAAAUAUAUCUGAGGUUCCUGAAUUUUUUGAAAUGGCUCUGGGUUUGUGCUGGGCCUGCUUUGAAAGAGUCUCCUUUUCUCUAUUGCCAGCAUCAGUGGAAGACCUUGAUUUCUUGUAAACCGGCUGACAGUUCUUUUGAAUUGGCCAGAUAUAGGUGACCGCCUUUUUAUUCAACUAUUUCCUCUUGUUCUGCCUACAUUAACUAGGACAGACUAGUUUUUGCAUUCCUGAAGGAAAAAAAUAAAUUUGUCAGCAUUACCAAAUCAGUGCCAUCCAACGAAUCUGCCAUCUUCAUCCUCAUAUUACCAAUAAAAGAAAAUGCUUCAGAUUAAUAUUUACAGUUGAUGGCGCGGUGUGAUGAAAAUGUCAGGUAUUUUGGUCUAAUAUAUCAUAAUGCGUGAGCCUUCCUCCACGGCUAAAUGCUUUGGAGUUUAUAGAGCUGUCUUCCGUCUUACCUUCGGACUUUUUUUCACCUGUUUUCUGAAUUCUUCAAUGCAAUGAAGAAUUGAAUUACUGCUCCCGACAGGCACCAUAAAAUAUUUACAUUACACAUUUCAAUGAAACAGAUUUGUAUAUUUAGGGUAUCCGUUGGGUUCAUCUCACUUCCUACGGCUUUUCUUAUCAUCAGGUUGCUUUUCAAUUGCCUGCCCUAACAUGUCUUCUGCCGUCUUUGCAGUUGGAUGUGGAAUUGCUGUCUAUUAAACAGAGUCCUUUCGGGUAAUGACUGAGAGAGUCUUGUGGCGCCAUUUAUCUGCUUUUACAGAGUCCUUCCGAGCUUUGUUCAUGAAUCUGCUUCCAACUUUGCAGAACAAGUGUGAAGAUUAUUGAAGGAUGA